AUGAGACCAUUUAUCAAGAAAUUCGUUUUUAAUUCAUCGUCAAGCUCUUCCUCUGAUGAUGAUGUUGAAGAUAUACUCCUUCUUGAAGCUGAAAGAUUGAGCUUGGAAAUGAGCAGAGGAUCGACAUCACGUGAUCGGCGUUUGUACAUCAACCGAGGAUCCAUACAAGGCCAUAAUAGACUUUUCAAUGAUUAUUUUGCUGAAAAUCCAGUGUAUCCUCAUGAUCGAUUUCGGAGAAGAUUUCGUAUGAGCAGAGAUUUAUUUUUACGUAUCCAGGAGGCAGUGGAAGCUCAUGAUCCUUAUUUUCGACAAAAAAGAAAUGCUGCUGGAAAGCUAGGGUUAUCUCCUCUACAAAAGAUAACGGCUUCAUUGAGGAUGCUUGCUUAUGGCGUCACCGCAGAUUUUAUGGACGAGUAUGUUAGGAUUGGAGAAUCCACAGCUAUAGCCAGUUUGAAGAAAUUUACAAGAGCAAUAAUUUCUAUUUUCGGUUCAGAAUAUUUGAGGUCCCCAAAUAGCAAUGAUAUUGCUAGAUUAUUGGAGAUCGGGGAAAAUCGAGGUUUUCCUGGAAUGUUGGGGAGUAUUGACUGUAUGCAUUGGAAAUGGAAGAAUUGUCCGAGUGCGUGGAAAGGUAUGUAUACUGGUCAUAUCCAUGAACCCACACUCAUAUUGGAAGCUAUAGCUUCGUAUGACCUUUGGAUAUGGCACGCAUUCUUUGGUAUGCCUGGUGCUCUCAAUGACAUCAAUGUGUUAGACCGAUCCAAUGUUUUUUCAGAACUUACACAAGGUCGUGCACCUGCUGUGAACUUUCAUGUUAAUGGCAAUCAAUACUCAAUGGGGUAUUAUUUAGCUGAUGGAAUAUAUCCUUCAUGGGCAACUUUUGUGAAGACAAUACCGGCACCACAAAAUAACAAGACAAAACACUUUGUAAGAUGUCAAGAGUCAGCUAGAAAGGAUGUGGAGCGUGCAUUUGGUGUACUUCAAGCACGUUUUGCAAUUGUGCGUGGACCUGCACGUUAUCUCGAAACUGAUACACUCAAUGAUAUCAUGAUAGCAUGUGUAGUCUUGCAUAACAUGAUAGUUGAAGACGAGAGACAUUUACACCCUCAACUAGAUAACAACACCUAUGAAGAUAUUGAGGAAGGCCCCCCUCCACCAGCAGUGACACAUGAUCAUACUCCAGAAUUUCAAGACUUUAUCAAUCGACAUAUUGGCAUAAGAGAUAGAGACGUGCACUCGCAACUCCAGUUAGAUCUUGUUGAGCAUUUAUGGAAUAUUCAUAGCCUUACUUAA